AGCCGCCUGUGAUGAGUCUCCGACCGAGGUGGAUCGGUUCCCUCUCCCCCGCAGGAGGGGCACACCACGGAGCUCAGAGCUUGGGCCUGACAGACCCGCGGCUAUGCUACAUGCUGGAUGGGAUCCUCUUCCUCUACGGAGUCGUCAUCACCGCCCUCUUCCUCAGGGCCAAGUUUGGCAGGAGCGCCGGGGUCCCGUCCCAGCAGGGCCAGAACCAGAUCUAUAACGAGCUCUCCCCGAACCGCCGAGACGACUACGACAUUCUGGACAAGAGACGGGGCCGAGACCCGGAGAUGGGGGGGAAACAGAGGAGGAAGAACCCCCAGGAAGCCGUGUACAACGCCCUGCAGAAGGACAAGAUGGCAGAGGCGUACAGCGAGAUCGGGAUGAAAGGGGAGAACCAACGGAGACGAGGCAAAGGCGGCAACGACGUUCUGUACCAGGGUCUGAGCACGGCCACCAAGGACACCUACGACGCGCUCCACAUGCAGCCCCUGCCGCCUCGCUAACGGGCAGCUCCGACCCCCGCCGCCAGCCAGACAUCCCCGGAAAAGAGCACCGCCCAGCCGGUUGUGCCCCGCUCCCCUCCCCUCCCCUCCCCUCUCCGCAGCACCAGCACCCGGGGCUCCUCCGCGGGGGUGGGGGUCCGGAUUGGGGCAGCAGCCCGUCCUCUUCUCCCACCACAGGUAGCUUCUUCCUGCUUGGACGCUCCCGGGGGGGCCUGGCUCCUAACCCUCGCUGCACCCUUAAAACUCUCCACCUCCCCUCUCCGUGCCCCCCCUCGCGCCCCUUCCCCCCUCCCCAGGGCUGCGGCAUUUCCCUUUGUGAAUCGUUGGCCCGGGGCAAGAUGGAGACCACGGCAACUCAGCAGCCAGCAGCCCGCCUCCUGUUAUUUAUACUGUUGGCCAGCCUCGAAUGGUUUUCAUUCCACCUGCUUUUAAUAAAAAACAGUUUUACUU